AUGUUCAGGUGUAAAGCAAUCAAUGACAUGCUCAAUGAGGAGUUUCUGAGCAACUGGGGCUACCUCACUGUGGUCCCUCGCAAGAAUGAAGAGGAGGCGGUGCUGGAAUGUAUCACUGACGACGAGGAGCCUGACCUUCACUGGACGAGGAUAGAUGAGACUCCCAUCGCGAAAAACAGGACAAUUAGAAAAGGUCAAGGGUCCCUAGUAUUUCCCAGCGUCUCGGAACAAGACACCGGCGUCUACAAUUGCACCGCCGUCAGCAAGAAGAGCAGGGACCCGAUCAGUACUCAGAUGAUCGAGUUCACUAUGAUGACGCCGCCGAGGGUUCAGCUCUCCAUGAGCGUCAGCAAGCGCCCCGUUCCACUCAACACCAACGUCAGCAACGGAGAGACAGUGCGGAUCACCUGCGCCACGUGGGGCACACCUGCACCCUCCAUCUCCUGGUACAAGAAUGGAAUCCUGCACGUGGAGACUGGCCGCCACAAAUUCACCAAUAAAAAUUCAACCAAAACCUUCAACUCGGAGGACUUAUUCAUUGGCAUCAUCAUGUCCACAGACACAGGCCUUUACCAGUGUGUGACCAGGAACAGGGCAGGUGUGGCCUCCGAUGCUUUCAUCCUUAACAUUCCCAUGGUGGCAAAUUUACCCUUGCCUCCCGUCAACGUGAGUGCAGUGGCGAUCGAUCACGAAAGUGUGAACGUGAGCUGGAUGCCCUCACCUGAUAAUGUAUCCGGAUACAUCAUCAACUUUAUAACAGAUAAGCAAGUUCAGGAGUUGCAGUCCCUCACCAACCAGACUUUCGCUUCGGUCAACAAGCUGCUGCCGGGUCACACCUCCAUCUUCUACAUCAGGUCCUUCCUUAUCAGUGAUGGCUCGAAAAAAGGGCUGUUCAGUGAGGCUUCGAAUUAUAUCACCAUCAAGUUGAAAGAGGAGGAUAAAAUCCGAAUGCCGGUGGUGACGCUAUACCCUAAAUCGCCCACCAAACUGUACGCGAACUGGACCCUCGUGGAGUGCAAGACCAAAUGUCCCAUCAUGCAGCAGAACAUUCAGUGGAAGAGGAAAAGAAAACACUACCAUCUGGAGGAGUUCUUGCAGCCAAACGUCACGGAGUACACCAUUAAUAAUCUGCAGCCAAACAAAUCUUACAAAGUGAGAGUCCUGUUGGCCACCAGUGCUGGCUACCCAGAACACAUGAUUCGGCUGCCCUGGUACACCGUCAGGAUGCCACGCAGCAGCUCUGACUUGCCACGGGAUAAUGUCUUCCUCAUCGUUCAUCUCUCCACUUGCAGCCAGAGGCCCACCGAGGUCUUGGUAAAUUGGACGCUGGACGCCUCACUGCAGAAGGAUCUUGCCAAUUAUCAUGUGUUGUAUAACACCUCCACCUCUGUCUGGCAAAAAGAACUCCCAACGACCGAAACUUCCCUAACACUCACAGAUCUAGUUCCGAGAACGUGUUACGGCGUGAAGGUCCGAGCCACCUACAGCACCGGGCGAAACAGCACCGAGUCUUACCUGAAGACCAUCUGCACACUGCCACAGCCUCCCCACAUCCUCUCCCAACACUCCAACACCAACAGGAUCAAAGUGAACAAGCUCAGGACCAAGGUGCUGAACACUACCAGCAUGCGCAUCACCUGGAAACACACGCCGCGGAAGAUCCAGGUCGACUUCUACACCAUUAGGGUCGAGAACGUUGAAUCAGACCCGAACAGCCAAACGGAAACACCCGAAGACAAGCGGAGUGAGGUGAAGGGGACGCAUUUGGAGGCCGCGGGAAGAGGUCCUCGCAGCCCACAGCCGACGAAAUACGAAGAUUCCCGAGACACGGACCAUGAGGUCAAGCUGUACCGAGUCACCAACCGGAAGAUGACGGUGACGAGCCUGAAGCAGGACCACAACUACAAGGUCACCGUCACGGCCUCCACCACCACGCUCACAGGUCACUCCGCCACCACCUACGUCACUCCAGAUGAAGGAGUUCCCACGGCGCCGCUGAACGUGACGUGGGUUCCUGCAAGCCCGAAAGAUGCCGUUCUCACCUGGAGCCCUCCACGCCUCAUCAACGGCCGUUUAGUGCACUACCUGGUGAAAUUUUCUCACGAUCAGCAAGAGUGGCGCAACCAGACCGUCCCUCCUGACUCCACCACCACUCAGAUCCAGGACUUGGUCUCCAAUACCAAUUACACGGUGCUCAUUGCUGGGAGGACAGGGAAGGGCGUGGGCGCCUCAACCACUGUCUACAUCUACAUCCGGGCAACCCUGGAACCCGAACUGCACAGAAAUACUGAGUCAGUGGCAGUGAUCAGCGUGGUGUCCUUCCUGGUGAUAGUAACCUGUGUUGUAGCAGUCUUGCUCUGCCUCAGGAUCCUGCGCCUCAGAAACAACUCUCCGUCAGUGUUUCAGGAUGACGGGACAAGCGAGGACAUGGGUCCUUUGCGGGACGGUCUCAACCACCACAGGAUGCUGGACAUCUUGGACGACAUUGACGAUGUUGAUGACGGCUCCAAGAGGUUGCUGCAGACCGUUUCAACAACACAAGCGGUAUUUUUCAAGAAUAUGAAAUAAUUCAACCUAUGGUCUAUGUAUAACUCCUCUCAGGUUGACCACCACUCCUCACCUGAUGGCGCUGGGGUGGCCCCAGCAGUUUCCUCCUAGAAUUGCAUUCACGGGUGAAGGCACGGGUUUAGAGAGUACGAGUUGGGGGUUUGAGGAACCCCAUCCAAGUAAGAAAUAAAUGUAUAUUGGGAGGGAGUUUAACUUGUGGCAUGAGAUUAAGAUUAAUACUUAACUUUGGUCAGAAUUUACUUGUUGAUACUAAUACGAGACAGGUUCUGGACCUGGCCAUCCCGAUGCCACACCAAGUAUUGCCCACCAUCAUGUGUCCGCACUUCGUGUGAUGAAAGUAAUCCACUGAAAUGAAUUUUAUCAACUGACAAAAUGAAAUGGGA